AAAGCAACUCUGCAUAAAGGUGUAUUAAACACAAGGAGGAAUGGAGCCAUUCAGCAGGAUGUCACCAACAGGAAAGGCUCUGAUUUUUGGGGUGCUGCAAAGCCUGCAGCUGCCUCUACAGCUAGGAGGUCACUCUAGUCUGGGGGUUGGGGGAAAGUAAAAAAACAGCAGCCAAAAUAACUAGAAUUACUUCAAAGUGAAUUAUGAUGUUUAGUGUAAAUCUAAUGAUGGUUUCUGAAAAUCUUUCCUUACUAUUUUUCGCACUUAACAUUUAUAGGAGAAAAACUAUUUCUGCUCACGUUAGGUGUUUGUUGACAGUAAUUUACUGUUGAGUUUUUAUUCCAUUUCUUGCAUUUAUCAGACGUUAACAGGACACAUAUGCACAUACACCCAACCUCCUUCCCAGGUUGAAUAAAGGGAAUCUCUUUAUACAGUUUUAAAUGGCAAAAUUACUGAGGCUAGGGUCAUAAAAAUGCCUUUGAAUAUUAUUUUUAAAUCUGAUUUUCGUAGUGACAAGAAGUUAGUACCUUGUAAGAAUAAAAAUGAGGAAAAAAUGGUAAUACUGUAAUGGAUUGAAGGCGUUUGUAUUCUUACAUCUGUAUUAUUAAGGGUCCGCAUAUGGUUACACUUGCAGUUUACUGUUGUAGGUUUUAUCUGAUAUGCUUUUAACAAUAUUUUAUGACAGAACGAUGAGCAUGGGAAGAAAAUUGUUCUGGAUGUAACAACAACUAAUUUUAAGAAGCUGUAGGUCAUAAAAAUCAAUAGAAAAAACUUACUUUAGUUGAUGUUGGAUUAGGUCCCAGCAGGGGAAACAUUAUUGCAUGGACAAUUUCACUAGGGAAUACAGCAGGAAUUGAGGUCAAUAUGUAAUCAUCCAGAAUGUAGCUCUUCAGGGUGGAUUAUUUUACUCUCCUUCUGAACUGAAACAUCUCUUAAUGUUAACAAAUCUUAUUAUCCUGUACUAGGAGUGUAUUUGCAAUAAUGUAUCAGAAGAAAGAUCCUUAACAGCCUACACACUUUUUAAUAUGACACUUAAAUAUUCAAUGCUUUCUCCCCAGCCUACUGGCAUAAUUUUAUUGCAGUUAGAGAUAAAAUGGCCAUCUGGAAACAGAGGUAGGUGGCAAGCACUCUACCAGGGAUUUGAAAUAUAACUGAAACUUUAGAAUAAAAAAAAGAGAACGAGAGAAAGAGAGAAAAGAAAAAUAUCAGGUAAAAUAGCCUGAUAUUGUAGUAAAUAACUCCAAAAGACUACAGCUAUAAACGCUUGUGAAAAGAGCAGCUAUCUGUGCCAUCACAGUUGGUUUGAAUUUUCUUUGUCCGAUCUUUAUUUUCUAUUUUUUGAAUGACCUAUUUAAGCUGGUUUCCAUUCAUGCAGGUCUCUGUUGAACUUCAUGAAUUUCAGUUGAAGUGCUUAACAAUCAGUGAACAGAUUUUGUGCCAACUCCUUUAAAGUUUGGUAUUUCUAUACCAAAAUAGUUACAGUACUCUAAGAUGGGGUUUGUAUACCAGUGUAACAGUAUUAUUGGUGACUCUUUUACACAUGUGCUACAUACAGUUAACUUUCAUGUGCAUAGUCAUCUUCUCAUAUGUGAAAUAAAUCAUAACUUGUGAGUAAAUAAAAUUUUGGAUUGGUACAAGUGCACUUGUUCAAGGACAACGUCAUUACUCCAACCAUGGGAGUGUAUAGGUACAAGUUUCACGCACAGCAAAGCCCUUGAUCUUUUCUGUGGAAAAUAAAGAGAAUAUAUUUUGAUCUACUUUGGCAGUUCUAUAGUACCUCUGCUUAAAACAUCCCCAUCCUGCCUUUUUCUUACACUCUGCUAGUAGUUCUUUCUGGUUUUAGUUAGAAUUUUUCUACCUUUUCUUCUGAUUUCACAAGGACUAGCAAAGCGUAUUUUAGAAUUAUGAGUAGUCUGAUGCUCACCAGCAGAGAGAAUGAAAUGGUGCGCAAGCCCACUGCCAGCUUCUGUGCCAGAGAAACCAUGAGAAACACGCCUACCUGUGAAGAGUGGUUCGAGUGGUUGGAUUGGUACCUCCUAGAACAUUUAACACAAGUGAAAGAUGGAAAGGAGGAAAAGAAAACAAGUGAUCAUACAUUUGAGCCAAGCAUUGCCAAAGUUGUUUCUGAAUUUUUGUAUAAUUCCAGAUUUUUCAAUGAAGUAAAUGCUGAAACUGAAAUUCUGUGUGUUUUAGCCAACUUGGAAGGAAAGUUUGUGGAUUCAACUGUAAAAUUUAUUGAGAAGGUAAAACUGGAAUGCAUAUAUGCCAAAAAAUCUAUGAUAAUCCAGACAUCCCGGAUAAAAUUUAACGUAACUCAUAGAGAAAAUAUAGCUGUCUUGCAUCCUAUCUAUGGCAUACAUAUUGAAGACAAAUACAAUGGAAGAAUUUGUUGUGAAAAUUCUUCCAGAGAAGACAAGUCCUUGUCCUUUAUCAAAAGCAUUUUGGGGGAUGUUGGUCUGUACUUCUGCUCCAUUGUAACUUACCCAGAUGGAAUUUGGGAAAAGGCAAUAGAAAUUAUCCAGCCAGGUGGUUUUGAAGUAUCUGUGAAGAAAAAUAAUCCUGUGUUUACUACACCCGGAGGAAAUAUCAGUCUUACUUGCCCUUAUAAAACGGAUUCAGUGCAGCAAGUGAUUUGAGAAAGGAUUGAAUCAGAUCAUGUAGAUACUGUUGUUCUGUGCAGCUCAUUAGGAAAGCAAAGAUUUGGUUUGGAUAUUAAAGAGCAUACGCUGGUGAAUUGCUCUGAUCAGGAAAAAUCCAUCAUUGACAUUCAAAAUAUUACCGCCUCUGACUUUGCAAUGUACCGUUACGUAGUUACUGGAAGAAACGAAACCUAUGUGAUGAAUUUUUCUGUGACUGCAGCUUGGGAUCACAAAUGAUUUAUUAUCUAUAAAGAUGGAGGAAUUUCUGCUGCUGUCUUACUGUUAGUGUUCUUACUGAUCUUCUGCAUCACCGUUGCUUAUUGCAAAAAAAAGAAGAGGAAGAGAGUCACAGAGGUCUUACCAAACCAUUUAUAUGUUACUUGGAGCAAGCCUGCUAAUAGUUAUGGAAGAUCCAAUUUUCAUGGCACAUGGAACACAAAAAGAGAAGCAUCAUCAUUUGGGCCAACAAUGGAGAUUUAUGUCACCUGUAAAAAUGCCUCACACAAGCCUAAUAAAAGACCAUAAGAUUCCUCCUUAAGAAUGAAGUAACAAAAGAGCAAGCCUUAUAUUUGCAGCAUAGACUUUAUUUUCUUUGUGCUGACUGGAUGUGGAAGGUCAAACUGGCUGUUGUGAGCACUGCUUGAGCUGCUUUGGUUGGGCAGCCAGCUCAAACCAGGUUACACCAGGUGUGUCUGUGUUGCAUUGCAGCCUGCAAGCAUUAACGUAACCUUUGGUUCACACGUAGAAUUCAAGAUCAAUUUGUAAUUCUGCAAUUUGAACGUUUUUACCCAAUAAGUGUACUCCUAACCAAGAAUUUUAGAACAGCUGAGAUAUGAGAAUGGAGCUGCACGUUUACAUAAAGUUAAUACGGUCUGAGAAAUCUAUAUGUAUGAGAAGCCCAUGUGACAAUGUGAGAAAGCAAACGUGCAUGAUGUUGUCUAUAUCCACGACUUCUGCAUCUCAAAUUAAGAGCUCUAUAGAAUAGUAAAUAUCCAUGUUUUUUUGGCACAGGAGGUGUUAUUUUGUUGCUAGGCAAACAGUACAAUUCAGCUGACAAAGGCAAAUAUAUCAGGGAUCCUUGAACCUAGAUUUAAAAGUAUAAAUGGAAACUUGCUAUCUGACAGCCAUGUGGUUUUUCAGGAUUCUUGCUUCUCACCACAGUUUCUUCAGCACUUUCUAUUUGGAGAUGGAGCAGAAGCAUAGCCCCUUCUUUCCUCUGUCCCUCCUUUUUCCCCAGACUCUCCCUCCAUGCCCAGGAGAAAACAAAACAGGAAGACUCCGUCACUGUCAAUUUAUAUUUAAUAAUAAUUUAUUAUAAGGUUUAGUUGCACAAAAAAAUAAAUGAGAACGUGGAAGAUACAUGAAUAAAUGAUGUAAAGCAGAAAAAAGCAUGAUUGAGAGCACUUACAAAACAAUACACACACAUAUGUAGUUGUAUGUGUGCUUAUGUAUAUAUUCUGCUGAAAAAUACAGAAGAAACCACGCAUAAAUUGAACAAACAGACAAAAUAAAUCAUUAAAGAAACAGAACUAGAAGGCAGACCUGAGAAUUAGGAUCUACACAUCUUUUGGCGUUUUACAAAUCUGCUGUAUUACUGAGGAUGAAAACUCAGCAGAUGACGGUGUUGUGAUGGCUGAUAAUCAUAUAUAACUGCUUACUACAAACUGUGUGCCUGGCCCAAAAUGUGUGCCUGGCCCACCUAUGCAUGAUUCCUCUUUUCUCUUGAAGCGUUAGUAAAAGUGUUGCCGAAUAUGUUGGCUGGCUAGGAAGGAGCAUCAACAGCUUGACAGCGAAAAGCACAUUUUGCGUAGCCUUCUCCAAUAGAAAGCUUCACGUGCACAGGAAAAUAGGACUCAGGUUCUUCUGAGCAUAACGUGGACACAGGGCUUCUCUGAACUAUUUCAGCAAUAAUAGCAUUGUGUGGUAAUCCUACACUUCAGCUAAAAAUCUAAAACCCUAAACCAAAAGUGCCAUUCAACUUAGCAUUAAAGAGUUAAAUUGUUUACAAUUUCAUAUACCAUUAGAAAACAUCUGAUUUUGGCUUUGUGUGCUCCUGAACAUGGACAAAUACACAUUGCAAGGGAUAUUUUUUUUUCUUUCACUUGCUGAAGGUUUUCAUAUAUAGAAAAAUGCUUGCAUGUGAAGUUGAUGCGGAUACGCAGAAUUUACUACUAAUAAGUUGGUUUAUUUCCUGAGUUAUCAAAUGUCAUAGCAGAUAAUUCUAUGUUGUGCACAGCAUUGCAAAUAUAAGACCCUGUACCAUUGGGUCGUUUCUUUGAUGAUCCCAUUUAUAUUAAAAUGCCAAAAUGAUAAUAUAAUGAAUUUGAUUUCACUGAAGUUCUCAGUUGGAAUCCCGAUACAGAAAUAACCAUAGCUGAGAAGUUGGUGUUUCACUGCUUGCAGAGACAGUCAAAAUACACCCCUGCUUUACUCUGCGUAAAAAAAUGGGGAGAGGUUGAGGUUAAGUACCUGGAAUACCAGUUUUCUUCGAUUAUUUCUGGCAAUGACCUAAUUUCUUGCCUCCCUUGGCACUUUCAGCUUAUCUUUUUGAAAUAAUUGCUUAUUUUUGAGAUUUGAGGAAGAAAAAAAAAAAAUCUGUAGUGCACAGCUUUUCAGGUAUUUAAUCUUUUUAAUUCAAAUUCCAUAGACAUUACUUCUACCAGGAUAGCCCACAGGGAAAACCACAUCACACAUAGCAAAAUAAGAACAAGAUAUCAUCUUUUUCAAAAACAAACCCAAACCAACAGCUUCAGUUUUGUACCAUGGUAAUAUCAGUGAACAGCAGCUGAAUAUGAGAGCGAUACAAAUGAAAACAAAAAAGAAAACAACCUAAAUCUUAUAAAUAUUAGCUUAAAAAUUAGUAAAAUGUGAGAGCAACUUCCGAAAGAGUGACUUGAAAUGUAAUACUAAAAAUCUUUAAAUAUUUUAUGAGUGUGACAGGAAAGGACCCAAUAAGAGCCUAUUUGCUGUGACAGAGUUUGAAAUAUGUAAAUAGACUUACCGGAGUAAAAUAGGACAAACUAUUGUUUAUUGCUGUUUAUUUUCAAUAUUUUCUAUAGAUUUGCCUUUUUCUUUUGUAAACCUUUCAUUUCUUUUGAAUAAACUUCACCAACUGUAAUUUGGAAAUUUUAUGUUCAACAAUUACUGUUCUAUUUUGUGCUGUACUGCUUGCCCAACUAGUUAAGAGGGAGGGAAAAAAAAAUCAAAUAACAUGACACAGUUAUGGAUAGCAACCAGCUCAGCAUACUAUCUGAACUGUAAGAUAAUUCUGGGGUUUUUUUUUGCGCUUUGCUGAAAAGAAACAAACAUAAUAAAGUACAUUAUCAUUAAAAACUGAGUCACAAAUCACUGGGUAACUAUACAGGUCUUAUCACAUAAUAAGGGUACAGAAGGAGAAGACCAAGAUAACAAUGGAGAAUAGUUAAAGUAUAGGUACUACCAGCAUUUUUUAGUUUGAUGACAAGUAAAGGGUAGCUAACUUCUGAGAGAAACCUUACUUCAGAAAAAGGAAAGAUUUCAGAGGACUGAUCUUGCAGUCAUUUGGGAACCAUAGCUCUGAUCUUUUAAAAUUUAUUUUUUAGAUCUUAUCUGCAUCAUGCUCCUCUAAGCCUUCUAUGUUAUUGACCUAUGCAAGAGUUCAAAUCAAUGAUAAUAUAUUGACAGUAGCUGAAACUCUGCUUCAGUGAGUACUCCCCAGUGCAAGUGAAAGACUUAUCUCCUUUAAAGCCUAGAUGCUCAAUAGGAGUUAAUCCCCUAAACAGGUCUGUACGUCUGACACUAAGGGCUAGUUCCAAAACCAGCCCUGUCUGUCUUAAAUAGGUGCAAAAAUGCUCUCCUAGGCUCUAGACCCUGGGAGUAGAAACUGCAUGCCACGUUCUCAUACUGUAUUAUUUAAGGUGUAAGGCAGCGCAAAAGAUAUUUCCAACGCUCACACAUUCCUGAGGAACCAUUAUGAGCUAAAGCACAAGAUAUGCCUCCAUUGCCUUCUCCCAGUGAGUUGUGGCAUCAGGAUAUGGGUGGGCUUGGAGUGGCCACUGUCCUUUUGGCAUCUAGUGUGAAAGAUUCCACCCUGCUGUUUAAGACUCACAGUGGUCUUCAAAACACUAAGCUGAAAUAGGCUUUCCACUAUCACAGACAUGCUAUGCUGGCUGGUCCUGCUACCAUGGUUGGUUCCAGCACCCUACUUGCCAAAUCAGCCAGGAAAUGGAACACUCUGGCCCAGAUUUCCCCCACCCUGCAUCAGAGAGCACUCUUUCUCCCUUCCCUUUCCAGCCUCCUUCCUGAUGCUGGGCUCCUGUACAGCAACAAUUCAUGUUUUGAGGUCUAAGAAGAGCCUAAGGUCCUUGGUAGGGCUCUCCUCCAGUGAAAGUGUCCUUGUUUCUGCUUUUGACCACCACUCCUUUCUUUUCAUUCUUUUCUAAGAGUAAAAUGCAUUAAAAGUGAUGAGAAGAAGAAAAGCAUCGGUAUAACCAUGGGACAAACAAGUGAUGAGUUUCCAAAUGCUCCCUUUAAAAUGAAGAGAGCCUUGGGAUCACGUAAACAGCCUCACCUGUGGGAGCUCAGACAUUGUUGCCCCCACACCACAGCAUUGUGCCAUUGCUCUGACUGGUUCUGAGACCCUGAUCAGUCUUAAUUUAUAAAGCUGUAGAUUUAUCUUAUGAUCCAUGUUAUAGUCUUGCAUUUAUAUAUCCCUACGUAUAACUUAGGACACAAUAUUCAAGCUAAAAAUACCACAGGAAAGGUACAGUUAUCUAAGGCAGGUUUCAAAAUAAUAAUAGGUUUCUUACUUCCAUGCUAUUCACACUGUUAACUGGAAUAAUUAGAUAAAAUAACUAAUCUGAAUUACUAGCAGUGGCUGACAUAUUUGUCCUAAACUUAUAGUGAGUUAUGAAGAGAGUUUUGUAGUUUUUGAAAAAAUGUCUCAAUGAUUCUAAAGGAUAUUUAAUGCCUUUCUUAAAAGUUUAUUUAAUUAGAUUUUUGCACUAAAUAAAUAAAUUGUAUUAUUAAUGAGUAAGAUUUAUAACAUGAUUUAAAUGAUCAGUCACUUAGCAUACAAAGAUGUAAUCAAACAAAUACAUAGUAUCUUUCAUUUUUUCUUUAUUUCAAUAACUUUCUCCAUUUGUGUUGAUGUCUAUAUGUGUAUUUGAAGACAGAAAUAUAUGUUAGGAAUAUAAGAAAGUAUUAAAAUUACCUGCUUUCAAUACCAUUUUUCUCUCUUAAAAAAACCUGUUUAAAGCAGACAUUUAUUAUACUCUUUUAAGUUUCCUUAAUUUACUCAAAGGCAGUAAUACAGGAGGAACAUUUGCACCGAACUCUGUCAGAUCAUUUUGUAGUUAGAAACAUAAAGGCCAAGCAUCUAUGUAUGUAUUUUUAUGCAUCAUAAAUGCAGAUGUUGCUUUUAUUACUCAGAAUUUGAUCUGCUCAGAAAUAUUCUAAAUCAUC